AUGUGGACCAACUACAUGCUAAUAGAGCCAGCUAACGUCGCAGGAAACUCAGCAGACACAGGCGCUGAGAUGGAGAUGGACGCAUCCUUUGUGCUAUUCAAGGCCGCCAGGAGGGUCACGUUGAGAGAGAAAGACAUGACGGUAGAAAAGAUUGCUAAAAUAUUUCAGGUAACCAGCCAGAGUCUGUACCCUACUGGUGAUAACAAUGUGGCAGUGUUCCCCAGAGUGGAUGGCUACUUUAGUUCACUCGACCUCAGGGAUAAGGCCCAUUACGGGGUACACAGGGCCAAGGCUGCACCAGAUGUAAGUGGUAACGUCACUGCCUUGGGGCCCCCUCCUACUCCUUCCUCAAACAGCCAGUUUCGCUUCUCCAGUCUUAGUCUGACAGUCUUCGGAGUCCGAGGUCAAACAUCUGGCUGGUGGCAGCUAGCCUACACCUAUUACCUCUUCCUGGCCUUCCUCUACGACAGCAGGAAGAGGAAGAAGGGCGCUCCUCAUCACUACGAUGCUUUCAUCUCCUACAACGUUCAUGACGAGGACUGGGUUUACAGAGAGAUGCUUCCAGUGCUGGAGGGAGAGCAGGGCUGGAGACUCUGUCUGCACCACAGAGACUUCCAACCAGCCGCAGCUCCCACACCAGCCGAUGAUAUUCCCCGUGCUGGCCCUGGAGGAUAUCGUGAACCCAGACCCGAUGGCGGCUACAUCCACGCAGGUAAACCCAUCAUAGACAACAUAACAGACGCCAUCUACGGCAGCAGGAAGACCAUCUGUGUGAUCACCCGGCGCUACCUGCAGAGCGAAUGGUGCUCCAGAGAGAUCCAGAUGGCCAGCUUCCGUCUGUUUGACGAGCAGAAGGACGUGUUGAUCCUGCUGUUCCUGGAGGAGAUCCCGGCCCAUCAGCUGUCUCCAUACCACCGCAUGAGGAAGCUGGUGAAGAGGCGCACCUACCUGAGCUGGCCGCAGGCCGGCCAACACACAGGAGUCUUCUGGCAGAACGUAUGGAGAGCUCUGGAGCCAGGGGAAGCUCCCAUCGAGACCAACAACCUGCUGACUGGAUGCUGAGAAUAUCACUGGACCACAGUCCCAACAGAGAGUGUCUGUGGAGCCUCACAGAACUCAUUUUCCUCUUCAGGAACUGAAACACACAACAUUUAUCUGUAGUCUCUUGUUCUGCUUUUGCUUCCUCUAUCUACUGCCACUUUAGGAGCAAGUUCCUCCUUACCCGAAAUUUCAGGAAAUGAUACAAAACCAAGUCUGGGUAUCCUCAGGGGGGAAAGGCUGGAACUCUGGUAAUUAAUAAUGCUGGACAUGUGUUAGAGAUUGUUGUUUUAAUUUACAGACAAUAUUCUGAUUCAGAAAAUCUGACUUGUGUUUUGCUGCAUGUUCUCCAUCUGUAAGUUCUAGCACAGUGUUGAGGAGUACAUUCUUUUCAAAUUAAAUCUCCCAGUAACCUUUAGGUAUUUUUAAAACCAUGUUUCCAUUAGUGAAAGAUUUUCACUCAGUAGCAGGGCAUCAUCAUAUUUUACUAAAGCUUCGGAAUUUCCGCUGUUAGUCCUGUUGUACAGCAUGUCUUAAAAAUGUCAUACCUGCACUUGCAAUUGAAAUCUUUGAGUUCAAGAAAAUUAAAAUGUUUUAACAUGCUGAUUUUUUUUUAGAUCUUUUUAAACACUGUUAAACUCAAUAAAAUGUGAAUUGUUUACUUGUGAGAUGGACAAGAGUUACAGUACACUGAAGACUUAAAGCUCCCGUGUGUAUUUAGGAGGAUAUACUGGCAGAAAUUAAGUCUGUUUUCUUUAGUGUAUAAUCACCUGAAAAUAAGAAUCAUUGUGUUUUUCUAACCAUAGAAUGAGCUUUUCACAUCUGCAUAGGGAACAGGUCCUUGUCUGCAGAGACUGCCAUGUUGCACCACCACGUUUCUACAGUAGCCCACAAUGGACUAACCAAACACUGGCUCUAGACAGGGACAUUUGUGUUUUUGCAUCAGCGACUAUAGGUAGAAGCCCCUCCACCAUGAAAGCUUGAGAAAAACAGAUUGUCAUGAAACUGUUUUACUGGUUUAAAUCACCUGAUUUGUUUAAGAUGAAGAGACCGCUGUGGAUAAUUCAGCUCCUGGUAAAAACCUCCUGAACAAUGACCACUGAAGGAAUUCUAACCAGGAGAAGUUUCAGCUGAUUUUAUUCUGCAAUCUUCACCACUGGAUGCCACUAAAUCCCCCUAAAUCUGACACACUGAAUCUUUAAAGCGAUUACGUGUUGUUUGAAGCACUUAAAGGGUUUGAAGUGUUUGAGUGUAAGCACUGAGUUGUCAGUUUACAGUAAGUGUAAUGUUGUGUUCACACCAAAUGCGAAGUGAAUUUUCAGUUUGUGUUACUCCCAUACGGCUGCGGGAGUUUUUUUGGAGUUGAUGCAAGUAGCAAAUAUUUGCACUUAACAGCUAACAGUUGUGCCAAUUAAGUGGGGAAGGAAUGGAGCUAUAUUGGGGCCAAAUGUUUUGUACUUUAAAAAAUUUAAUUUGAAACUGAAAAUUCAAGUUUUGAUCUUGAAUUCUGAAAAAUACAUCAAUGUAUUCAAAAUAGGGGGUGGGGUCACCUAUUGCUUGAACAGUGCCCUGAUAUUUCUUGACGAUACUGGAAAUAAGGGGUGUCCCUCAGUGUAAUUUUAAGUUAAAAUAAAGCUUGAAUUAAUGAAUAUCUGCCCUACACCUCAAAGCAAUAUGAAGUUAAAGUUACUUUUACUGUAAUUAAAGGUUCAGUUAAUUACAGGUACAGUUCAGGCCAUCAAAUUAAUUGAGAAAUUUUGCAUAGAAACAAUAAAGAUUGUACAAUAAAGCAAAAUGUGUAACAAAGAAUGCAAAAAUAAACGUUUUAAUAAAACUCAAUCUCUUAUGUCUUAGUACAGCACCCCUUCAGUUAAUAUAUAACAAAGCAUGAAAAAAAUAAACUUUUAAAAUAAAGAUAAAACUCUUAAGUCCCGGUAGCCUGGAAAUCCAGACCCAAAUCUAGAAAGAUUUAGGGUCUGGCUAUGAGUAAUGCAAAUGGCCCAACUUGAGGGGCGGCAUCAAGCAUACAUUUGAAAAUAUCACUGCACGCAACUGGAUAACACUACGACCAAUCAGAACAAUACACGGGGUGACGUAUCCAGAGCACUACCAACGGAGCUAACUGGUAGAUUAGACUCUUGCCGUAUCCGGUCGGCAAAACAGCAAAAACGUCCUUCUUGCAAAGGAAAGACUCGAGUGCUGUCUUCUGUUCCUCUUUUAGAGAAAAAGCCAAGUCUAACUCGUUCAUUGUAGCGGCCAAAGCCGUUUCAAACAACUGGUGUUCAUCCGUAGCCAUCUU